CUUGGACACUCUGGCGAGGGCCAACAUUAUUUUUGUUGUGUAGACCACAGCCCUGUAUGCACCUACCUGUAGGUUUGCCGGGAUACAAGCUUUAAGUUUGGAGUUUUGGACCAUCUUUUCUUUUGAAGCUUGGAGUUUGGGGCUUUGUGUCCAGGACAAACAAAUAGGCAGCAAGAAACUCAGACACUCAGGGCUCGUACCGGCAGCGGCCUGCACCAUGUCUGGAUCUAUACCCUUCUACCAGAAGCACCACCUGCACUAUGACCGCGGCUACCGCAGCAAGGAGACGGAGUCUAAACUGAGCCAGUACCAGUCCAGCAGCAGAUACACUGCUGGCAGCAGCACCUCCACCACCAGCAGGAGCAGGGGACUUAAAGUGUCUUCACAUUCUGGGCUGGAGGCAAGCAGACUGAGCCCCGUACCAAAGAGAGCCAAGCCAACUUACUUGGCUGUGGAUAAAGACAACCAAAUCAUCGGCUAUGUAGUGCCUAUCUUCAGGGGCAGUCAAGAGUAUGCGGCAGGAUUAUCGGAUACAGAGGAGGCGAGGGUGAGGGACACUGCUGCAUACAUGGCUCGGAGGGAUUUGUUCACCAGUGGUCUGGAGAUGGAGAGGUCAGAGCUGAUCUCCAGGAGGGAGGCCAUGCGUGGGUCGGCUGAACGUAUCUCCCUGAACAAAAGGAUCCAUGAACACGAGGAACAUUUUAAGCGCAUGAACGAAGACAGCCUGAUGCAUACCCCCGAGUUUGUGAUUAAACCACGCUCCCACACCGUGUGGGAGAAGCAGUGUGUCCGUCUGCACUGCACUGUCAGCGGCUGGCCCGAUCCACGGGUCGUCUGGUACAAAAACAAUGUGGCAAUUGACCCUCUUGCCAGCCCUGGCAAGUAUAAACUUGAGAGCAGAUACAACGUGCACUCACUGGAGAUCAACAGAUGUGAUUUUGAUGACACAGCGCAGUAUCGGGUCUCUGCUAUGAACUCCAAGGGAGAGCUGUCUGCUUUUGCCUCCGUCGUUGUUAAGAGGUUCAAGGGUGAAAUCGAGGAGGGCCUACCAGAACCCAGACGGGACAGUACUGAAGAUGGCCCGGUGUCGGAGUACGGCAUCACCUUCAAGACUCACAUUGUUGAUAAAUUCGGUGUCUCAUUCGGAAGAGAAGGUGAGACGAUGAGUCUGGGAUGUACAGUCAUCAUUUACCCUGCCCUGCACCGCUACCAGCCAGAGGUCCAGUGGUACAGAGACGAUGUUCUGCUGUCUGCUUCUAAAUGGUACCACAUGCACUGGAGUGGAGAUCGAGCCACACUGACGCUCACACACCUCAACAAAGAGGACGAGGGGCUUUACACCCUGCGUGUUACCACCAAGUCUGGAUAUGAAACCUACUCAGCCUAUGUUUUUGUCCGAGAUGCUGACGCCGAGAUUGAAGGAGCUCCCGGUGCCCCUCUGGACGUCCGCUGUCUGGAUGCCAACAAGGAUUACAUCAUCGUCACCUGGAAGCAGCCAGCUGUCGAUGGUGGCAACUCCAUCCUGGGCUACUUUGUGGACAGAUGUGAGGUUGGAACCAACCACUGGAUCCAGUGCAAUGACACUCCGGUUAAGUUUGCCCGUUUCCCCGUCACUGGCCUGGUGGAAGGCCGAUCCUACAUCUUCCGUGUCCGUGCUGUCAACAAGAGCGGCAUGAGCCACCCGUCCAGAGUCUCUGAGCCGGUGGCUGCCAUGGACCCGGCUGACCGUGCCCGCAUGAGAGGCACCUCUGCUCCCUGGACCGGACAAAUCAUUGUGACAGAGGAGGAGCCAGCAGAGGGCGUUGUUCCUGGCAGGCCUCUUGAGCUGCAGGUGACAGAAGCAACCAAGAACUAUGUGGUGCUGAGCUGGAAGCCACCUGCAGGAAAAGGCCUUGAAGGUGUCAUGUACUACGUGGAAAAGUGCGUCUCAGACACAGACAGCUGGCAGAGGGUGAACACAGAGAUCCCAGUCAAGUCUCCUCGCUUUGCGCUGUUUGAUCUCGCCGAGGGGAAAUCCUACAGCUUCCGCGUCCGCUGCUGCAACUCUGCCGGUGUGGGCGAGCCGUCCGACCCAACCGAGGCCACCACUGUUGGCGACAAGCUUGAUAUCCCAUCAGCCCCAAGCAAAGUCAUCCCAACCAAUAACACAGACACGUCAGUCGUUGUGUCCUGGGAAGCGUCCCGUGAUGCCAAAGAGUUGGUGGGUUACUACAUCGAGGCGAGUAUGGUGGGAAGCAAUGUGUGGGAGCCAUGCAACAACAAGCCUGUGAAUGGCACCAGGUUCUUCUGCCACGGUCUGAUAACUGGAGAGAAAUACGUGUUCAGGGUGAGGGCUGUGAACGCAGCAGGACUCAGCCAGUUCUCCCCAGACUCUGAGCCUGUGGAGGUGAAGGCUGCUAUUGGGGGCGGCAUUCCUCAUGCCUCUCCUGCUCCACCCUAUGGCAUCACUGUCCUGGAGUGUGUGCGCGACUCCAUGGUGCUGGGCUGGAAACAGCCGAACUUCAUCGGCGGUGCUGACAUCACCGGCUACUUUGUGGAUUACCGUGAGGUCAUCGAUGGCGUGCCUGGGAGGUGGCAUGAGGCCAACAUCAGGGCUGUCAGUGAGAGGGCCUACAGGGUGUCUGACCUGAAGGAGAAUAAGAAGUACCAGUUCCAGGUGAGGGCAGCCAACAUGGCAGGUGUUGGCAUCCCAUCACUGCCCAGUGACACCUUCCUGUGUGAGGAGUGGACCAUCGCUGUGCCAGGACCCCCUUACGACCUGCAGCUCAGAGAGGUGCGUAGCGACUCUCUGGUGCUACUGUGGAAACCACCGGUGUACCAGGGCCGCGAUCCAGUCAACGGGUUCUACAUCGACAUCAAGGAGGCGGAGGCGCCAGAGGAGGCGUGGAGAGGAGUCAACACCAAGGCUACAGAGAAGACGUACAUCAAGAUUAAGAAUCUGAAGGAGGCAGAGACGUAUGUGUUCCGUGUGCGCGCUCAGAACAAGGCCGGUGUCGGAAAGACUUCAGAUGUGACGGAGCCGGUCCCAGCUCUGACCAAACCAGGCACUAAGGAGAUAGUCGUGGACGUCGACGAUGACGGUAUCGUCUCCCUGAACUUUGAAUGCUGUGACGUAACCCAAGACUCCAAAUUUGUGUGGUCCAAGAACUACGAAGAGAUGACAGACUCAUCCCGCCUGACUGUAGAGACCAAGGGAAACAAGUCCAAAGCUGUUUUCAGUACACUCGGGGAGGAAGACAUUGGCAUUUACUCAUGUCUUGUGACCCACACUGACGGUGCUUCAUCCAGCUACACCCUCUCUGAGGAGGAGUUGAAGAGGCUGCUGGUGAUCAGUCACGACCACAAAUUUCCCAUUAUCCCCCUGAAGUCAGAGCUGGCUGUGGAGCUGCUGGAGAAGGGCAGAGUUCGCUUCUGGCUGCAGGCGGAGAAGAUCUCCGCCAACGGCAAAGUCGAUUACGUCUUCAAUGAUAAUGUCCUCUCUCAGGGAGAGAAAUACAAGAUGAACUUUGACAAGAACACCGGCGUGAUUGAGAUGAUCAUGGAGUGUCUGACCCCGGCUGAUGAGGGCACCUUCACCUUCCAGCUGACGGAUGGGAAGGCCACCAACCAGUCCAGCUUGGUACUGAUAGGAGACGUGUUCAAGGAGCUGCAGAAGGAAUCAGAGUUCCAGAAGAAAGAAUGGCACAGAAAGCAAGGUCCUCACUUUAUCGAGUAUUUGGGUUACGAGGUGACACCAGAGUGCUGCGUUGUGCUGAAAUGCAAGGUCGGCAACAUGAAGAAGGAUACGACAGCGCUGUGGUACAAAGACGGACGCGAGAUCAAAGCUGACAACAACCUUGGCUUCACCGAGGGAGUCCUGAAACUGGAAAUAGCGCAGAUUUCCAAGAAGGAUUCCGGGGUGUACGAGGUCGUCCUGAAGGAUGACAGAGGAAAGGACACUUCCACGUUGAAUUUGACAGAUCAAGGUUUCAAAGACUUGAUGAAUGAAGUUUUCAGUUUUAUCGCUAAUUCCUCCACACCACUGAAGAUCACAAGCACAGAUCAGGGCAUCCGACUCUACACCUUUGUCAGCUACUAUAACGAUUUGCUCCAAGUGACAUGGCACUACAAGGACUCAGCCAUCGCCUUCUCUGACCGUAUAAAGAGCGGUGUGGUGGGAGAGCAGCUGUGGCUGCAGAUCUCGGAGCCCACGGAGAAAGACAUGGGCAAGUACGCCAUUGAGUUCAGUGACGGGAAAGGUGGCCUGAGGAGGACCGUGGAGCUGUCUGGUCAAGCAUUUGAUGACGCUUUUGCAGAAUUCCAGAGACUCAAAGCUGCUGCUAUUGCGGAGAGAAAUCGUGCCCGAGUAGCAGGCGGCCUGCCUGAUGUGGUCACUAUACAGGAGGGCAAGGCCCUCAAUCUCACCUGCAACAUCUCGGGCGACCCCGUGCCAGAGGUCACCUGGCUGAAGAACGACAGAGAGAUCACGUCCGACGACCACUGCAUCCUCAAGUUCGAGUCGGGCAAGUUCGCCAGCUUCACCAUCACCGGCGUAAACACGUCGGACUCUGGCAAGUACAGCAUCCUGGUGAAGAACAAGUACGGCACAGAGAGCGCGGACUUCACCGUAAGUGUGUUCAUCCCUGACGAGGCGGGCAGCAAGAAAAAAUAAACACGGUCCAAAUCUUGUCGUAAAUAUGUAUAAAUGAAAAAAGCACUGGAAACAGUCACAGGAAGAAAACAAGGCCUGAGGGUGUGUGAGGUGUUUUGUGUAGAAUAUAAACUCUAUAGGUGCUGAAUCUGAAACAAAAUGUCCAACAGUUCAGAGAGAAAUCCAAGAGUGUGGUUAUGAUUUGUACCUUAAAAUAAUCAUAAAUAAUGUACUCAUUUGGUCCAAUGCUAACAAAUCUAACUGAACUUUUGUGACAUCACGUCCACUCAAAAAUGUUACUGUUGCAAUUUUAGUGUUUGUUUGUGCAAAGCUGCAGAGAGGUUAACUCAUAUUACGUGACUUAACUUUAAUGUUACUUGACAAAAGAAAGCCAAAGACGAUAGUUUCAGACAUGUUGUGUUGUUAAGUCAUUGAAAGAAAUUAUGAAGUUAGUGUGGAAUGUCUUCAAAAUAAAGCUAAAUGAAUGUUCUUACGUUUCAACCCAUUUGCUACAAAUUAUGUGUACUUUACCGCCAGCAUUUUUCGAUAAUAAGACUUAGCAUGUAUUAAGUGUGUUCAAGUUGGUGCAUUCGAGUGCUGUUGGGAAUCUGCAACAUCAGGGCUUUUUAGAUUCUGAUGCCCUCCAUCAUAUAUGCUGUUUAGAUACCAGGUAACCUAACCUUCAUGAAAAUCAAGACAUGGUGGUGUCGUUGAACAACUUACACAUCUCUGCCAACUGUCCGCUAAGCCCCAAACCAUUAGCUCCUGUGGCUACAAUGGUCAAGCUGGUCAACAAUAGUUUUAAUAUCUCAGAUGUAGAAGACAAAAGGAAAUUUAUAAUUUCAAGAUUAUUUUUGCUGGAGAUCGUUAGCCAAGUAGGCUAACAUUACCUCUGUGAGUCAGCUGAAAUGAGACAUCUCCGGUUGACUAUUUAUUAAAAUGUUUGCUUCCUGUUUAUAUUUAUGUUUUCACUUUUAACUUUUUGAGAGAAAAAAACUUUUAGGAUGAGGUCUAGUGGAUGUAUUUGGCAACAUAACGCUAUCCCUUCUCCAAAUCUACCAAAGAGCAGGACUGAGCUGCUGACAUUAGCAAAAUAAAGACUGGAUAGCAUCUAGGAGCUGUUUUAAGUGGUGAAAUACUACAAAGUGGAUAUGCUAGUUGUAAACUGAGCUUUUAAAAUAUCAAAACCUCAACAACUAGACUGCCCUAUACUCCUCAGCCUUCAGAGUAAUGCUGGGCUAGCUAGUUAGCGGAACAUGCUAACGUUAGAGAAGACCAGCACACGGUUUGUUUCAUUCCUCACGUUAAUGUUCUGGUUUUUGUUCUGGAAAAGCACCAAAAAUUGACCUCCAGUCUUUGAAUGUCAGAAAAAUGUAGAGCGUAGAGGUACAAGCAGAAGUAGUACGCAUAAUUUGUUGCAAAUGGGCUAAACCGUGAUGAUUUACUGUAAUAUGCCAUUUCAUCAGAUUUCAACUUCAGUCCUGUUUUAUUGUAAUUCAUGAUCAUUUGAAUGUUGUCAUCAUGACAUCACUUCCUUGUCUCCCUGUCAGUAGUGAACACUGUUUGUUUGCCCACUGUCAUUAUUGAUAUCCACCAUUGUUACCCCCCCUUCACUGUCCUUCAAUAAUGAUUAUGAUGCCUCCUUUAUUGUGAUUAUGAUGAUAAUGACACCGCUGUAAUGAAGAUUGUUACAUCACCUAGUGAUUAUUGAAUCACUUCCUACUCCCCUGUUUCUUGAUGACACUAAUAAAAGCGAGCAUGUACUUCCCCA